AUGAUGGUUUUGGCUCAAUUUUUGAAAACUGUUCGACAUCUUUUUGGUGUUUUUCGUCAAUCUCACGUACACUGUCUACUGCCUUACUCAGUUAUUACAGGUGGUCCCUUAACAGACAAAUACCAGUUGGCUGUUAUCCGCUUUCACUGGGGCCAAGACGAUAGUUCAGGCUCUGAGCAUUCCAUAGAUGAUCAGAAUUAUCCAUUGGAGGUUCAACUCAUUCACUGGAACAAAGACCUAUACAAAAAUAUCGGACAGGCGAUGGCUGGAGAAAACGGUUUGUGUAUUAUUGGAAUCUUCUUUCAGGUAUCGGAUGAAGACAACGAAGGUCUAAAGCCAAUCGUGAAAUUGCUUUCACGUGACGAAAACAAGGUUAGAUUCAACAAGAGUAUCGGGGAAUGGACAGCUGAUAACUGAAAUGUUUCGCUUAACUUCUAACAUUGAGAAAUGAAUGUUUUCAAACAUAGUCAGGGAUCAGAACGAGAAACAGAACUAGGAGUAUAAACUACAAGCUGUGAGAGUGUUUAAAUAUCAUACCUUGUGAGUAGUUUCCUCGCUUCCCAGAUCAACACCUUCCUCUUCCUCCCCCUAAUGUCCUAAAUUUUCUCAUUGGUAUGAGGUUAAGUAUUCCGCUUGCAAUUCAGGAGAAUGAAAACAGUCCUUAGCCACUGAGUCAACCAUGAUUAACUUGAAAUCCAUAAAGGUCGGCACACACGAGGGGACUAUUCCCUGCGUCUAGUCCCUGCGUCUAGUCCCCUGAAGAGUUUACACGAAGGGUCUGGUCGCAGGGACUUGUCCCACAAACAGUU